AUAUGGUUGGUAGACAUGCAACUCAAAACUGUCUGAUCAGUCAGAUGUAAAUUAAUUUUAUCAGUUUGUGUUUGUGUUGGAAUGGACCAAAAACUUUAGAAUAAUAAUUAGUAAUAAUGUCUAGGCAAAAUGAAAGACAGAGCUAUGCUCAGACUUACAAAUUGGUGGUUGUUGGCGGGGGUGGUGUUGGUAAAUCAGCUAUCACUAUACAAUUCAUUCAAAGUUUUUUCGUGACGGACUAUGACCCAACAAUUGAAGACUCGUAUACAAAACAGUGCGUCAUUGAUGACAUACCUGCCAAACUGGACAUUCUGGACACAGCUGGACAGGAGGAGUUCAGUGCGAUGAGGGAGCAGUACAUGCGGUCCGGUGAAGGUUUCCUAUUGGUGUUCGCCGUCACGGAUCGAGCCAGUUUCGAUGAAAUCUACAAGUUUCAUCGCCAAAUUCUUAGAGUAAAAGACAGAGACGAAUUUCCUAUGUUAAUGGUCGGGAACAAGGCUGAUUUGGAGCAUCAACGAGUUGUAGCAGUGGCGGAAGCGCAAAACCUGUCCCGCCAGCUGAAAGUGCCCUACAUCGAGUGCAGUGCCAAACUGCGCAUGAACGUCGACCAGUCAUUCCACGAAUUGGUGCGCAUUGUGCGCAAAUUCCAGCUGAGCGAGCGGCCGCCCAUCAAGCACAACUACGCCAACAAAAAGAAGCGCUGCUGUUUGCUGUAGAACUGCUCUGCUCUCCUGUGUUGAAAGCGUCACUCAAUCAAAUCUCCACUACUCGCUCGCUCUCAUCGCAAUCUCUCAGUCAUGCAGGUCAGCGAAUCAGCGACUCUGGUCCGACUCUUAGAAUGUAACAAUAGAGAAAAGAUAACAUCACCUUCACGGCAUCACAGAAAUCAUCAGGAGAUGGUCCCUGGACGUAGAAUACAUACGGAAACUAUCAACCAAACGCCUAACCAACCAAUGCUUUUUACAUGUCUCGAAUACUAGACAUGUCUCGUGACUGCGCCAUCUUGUUAGAAAUUAAAAUCCUGGUCUUUUGAUUGGCUCGUGGCAGUGAACGAGACCGAUUGA